GCGGCACCGGCGAGAUGUGGAAGGUUGCGAGCCCUGACAAGGUGGUGUAAAGUUGAAGGACCAAGAUUAGAAGGUGGAAAUAUAGGAGGACAAGGAUGUGGAACAAAAGACAGAGGGCAGGGAUUUUGUAAGGAAUGUGAAGCAACACUUGCAUAUUUAUGGAAAUAUAUCUAUUUUUGAAAGAUCUGAAAAUGAUAUAAUUCUUAUGGAUGCAGAAAAGGAGUACUUGCAGGAUCUUCUGAAAUUCUGCAAGUCCUGAUUCAUACAGCAGGUGUCCAAGUCCCCCAUGCACCAUGGCACUUUCCUGGGCCACAGCCAUUGCUAUGUUUGUGCUCACCUCCAUCUACUGCAUCGUUUCUCAUCCAAACCCAGAGAUGUGGUUUGAAGACCUGUUUCCACCUAAGGUGUGUCCAGCCAGUGCCAGCACAGAAACAUUUUAUGGCAUUAUGUUUGAUGCAGGAAGCACAGGGACCCGAAUCCACAUUUACACUUUUGUACAGAGAAGCCCAGAAAAACCUCCAGACUUAGAAGGGGAAAUCUUUGAAUCAGUCAAGCCAGGUCUCUCAGCUUAUGCUGAUCAGCCUGAGAAGGGUGCAGAAACUGUCAGGGGGUUGUUAGAAAUGGCCAAGGAAGCUGUGCCGCCCAGCCACUGGAAGAAGACCCCAUUAGUAUUGAAAGCCACAGCUGGGCUAAGGCUAUUGGCAGAACACAAAGCCCAGGCUCUGCUCUCAGAGGUCAGGACAGUUUUUGAGGAAUCACCCUUUCUAGUUCCUGAAAACAGUGUUAGCAUCAUGGAUGGAACUGAUGAAGGUAUUCUAGCCUGGAUCACUGUGAACUUUUUAACAGGGCAGCUGUAUGGCCGGAACGUGCAGACAGUGGGGAUCUUGGACCUAGGAGGGGCCUCUACCCAGAUCACAUUCCUACCACAGCGAGAGGAAACCCUGGAGCAAACACCAGUGGAUUUCCUUUCCUCCUUUGAAAUGUUCAACAGUACUUAUAAGCUCUACACACACAGCUAUUUGGGUUUUGGGCUGAAGGCUGCACGACUGGCAACACUGGAAAUGGAAGCAGAUGGACAAACGUUCCGAAGUUCCUGUUUGCCAAAGCAGCUGGAAGCAGAGUGGCACUUUGGAGGAGUGAAAUAUCAGUAUGGUGGCAAUAGAGAAGGGGAAACAGGAUUUGAACCUUGUUAUUCAGAAGUGCUGAAGGUUGUACGAGGAAAACUGCACCAACCAGAUGAGAUUCAGAAAAGCUACUUCUAUGCCUUUUCCUAUUAUUAUGAUCGGGCAGUGGACACUAACUUGAUAGAUUAUGAAAAAGGUGGAGUUCUACAAGUGAGAGACUUUGAAAGGAAAGCCAGAGAAGUGUGCAACAAUCUGGACAGCUACAGUUCUGCCAGCCCUUUUCUAUGUAUGGAUCUAAGUUAUAUUACAGCUUUAUUGAAAGAAGGGUUUGGAUUUAAAGAUAGCACAAUUUUGCAGCUAACAAAGAAAGUGAAUGACAUAGAGACAAGUUGGGCUUUGGGUGCUACUUUUCACCUUCUGCAGUCCCUGGGACUUUCUCACCAAGAAGGCAGCACUUGUUAGGAUACUUGCAUUUCUUGAAACAAGAAAGGACAGUUCUGAUCAACAUACAGCCAAAGACCAAAGCAGAGGAAUUGGUUAUCUUUACAACUGAACCAUUCUGAGUUGCAGCAAGAUGGAUCCUUCUAGGGUCUUAAUAAGUGCACUAGAACAUAAUGGAACUGCAUAACUGAGGCCAAAGGGCCCGAGCUCUAGCUCAAUAGGCUUGAAAUGGAUCUUGUGCAAGAAUCACACACACAAGUUUGGUCAAUACAGUAUGUAUUUCCCAGUAUUUUUCUGCUCCGCACUGUUUUGCAGACCUAGUGCACUCAACUUUUGAGUUGUUGACUGUGCCAUUUGAACAAACCUUUCCCAUAGGCUGUUUGUGUUUAGCACUAAUUGAUUCUUAAACAUGGAGGAGUCUAGCAGUUGAGCUUCAGGAGAGACUGGCAGUGGAAUGAAUGAUUUAUCAACAUCCCAUCCAUAAAGUAGCAAGAAUGGGAAGGCUUUAGGAACCCUAAAGCCCACAAAGAAUGGCUUCAUUUGUGUCAUCACACUUCCCUGCAUUAAAGGAAUGCAGAGUAUUCCCUGCAUUCUCGCUACUGUAGAAGACAGAUGUUUUCUGGAGAUUAACAGCCACAAAUACUUUGUAUUACAAUCCAAACCCUUCAAUAUUCCUUUUUUAGCAGAACAUCACCCCAGGUCACAUUAAUGUAAGAUUUUCAACAUAAUUGUGUAAGUGACUAAGUUAUCCACUUGGGUAUAUAAAGAUAGUAUCAUAGUGGUGUGGCUUCCAAUUAAAAGCUCUUGAACAAAAAUGUUAAGACAUGCUGACUUACAGAUGCAUCCGUUUCUUAACAUUUUUGGCCAAGCAUUCACUUUCCCAGAUACCAGGGUGUGAUGCAUUUAAUGACUGCAUGUACAUUUUGUCCAGAGUUAAGAUUUAGCUCUGUUUCAUUGUGUGCUUAAAUUAGUGUGGAAGUUCUACUUAAGAGUUGCUCUGUACUGUUCCCUCAGAUGUUGGUGUUAGUCUCAGUAGUUCUCAACUCAUCACUAUGUCUGCAAGGCAGAACUCAGUGACUGUAGCUCCUUGCGGUAGCAAUUUAAAGCAAGCUUUAGCUUUGAAAAGGAUGGCAAGCUGGAAGCAAAAUGUUUUUACAGCAUCAUUCAUUAAAGCCCGGGGCAAGGUUCAAGAAAUGUUAGUUCAGUUUACCAACCAAAUUUUUACUCGAGGAUUUUCUUCACUCACCAGGCAUCAUUUUUCCUUAUCACAGACAAAUAGACUAGUGUAUUUCUUGAGCUCUGGCCCAGAGUAAACUCAUCCCAACACACAAACUCUGGCAGAAGUCUCAGUUUUGCAGCAUUGUUCUGCCUGUACCAAAGUUCACCUAUUUUUGGCCAAUUAGGGCUUUGAUUACCUUAAGUACUUUGUGUGUAAAUAGUUGCAUAACUGCUAACUAUAAGCCCAUACCUGUGGACACCAGUAUAGGGAAUGCAAGACUCACUUUCCUCUGACGAUCCCAGGGGCAAUAUGGAAUCUAUCCUGUUUCCAGAAGUGCCCAUACCUGUCCUAGUGCAAUAAGACUAUUCACAUGCUUAAUGAUCUGCACGAAGUGGCCUUGUUGAAGAGUCUAUCUAUAUAAUUGGCAGAUGAUGUGUUAAUGAAGCAAGCAUUUUUAACUGAGUGCUAAAUUUAGGAAAUGAUUUUUUUUAAAUAAAUGAAAGCAGGUAUUAGAUGUUUACAUAAUUUUAAGUAUAAUUAAUGCUGGUGCAGUAGGUUGAAAAGACACUUAUUUUGGUUUAGCUUAAGUAUAUUACAAAUGGAGUAAGCUAAACUUUAAGCAGACUGAGCCCCUGCUCUUAAAUAAAUGUCUGCAUAUGUAGCACUGUGUGAAUGCAAGUUGGGUGUUGGUAGGCCUUCAAAUAUCUUUUCAGAUCAGAUGUGCAUUCACACUUUGUUCUGAAACAGGUUAUUUGUAAGAGGACAGCAUAACUAUGUUCAUGUUACUGGGUGCUGUAAUGCAGUUAACAGAUACCAGCUGUUUGGUAUAUGAAUUAGACAGAGCCCUUUGAAUGUCUAUUUUAGUAAUUAAAAUAUUUUUAACAGAA